CUGCAGCUCCGUCUCCACUCAGCCGCUCAGAGUUCAGGUCGGAGUAUCGUAGAUUCUUCUUCCUGUCGUCGCUCCAACAUGUCGGUCACGGAGCGUUGACCCCCGUGACCCCUGGAGAAUGCAUUGUCGGUAAAAAAAAGCCCCGUCGGAGGUGAAUUACCGCGUCCGGGUUGGGUCGUCAUCGUUGAGAGGAAAGAAGGAAGUCGACCUUUCGCCGUUGGAGGAAGGAGCCGGCGAGCUUCCCUCUCACCCAGUUCUCUCUGUGGGCAGAAGGAUGUCAACAACAACAACAACAACCGUCCGCCCGGACGGCGCGGGGAGAGGAAGCAAAGCCACUAAAGCGCCAAAGGAUCAUAAAAAGCCCACGGCGGCGGCGCUGAAGGGAGCCAUCCAGCUGGGCAUCGGGUACACGGUGGGAAACCUGAGCUCCAAACCAGACCGAGAUGUUCUCAUGCAGGACUUCUCAGUGGUGGAGAGCGUCUUCCUGCCCAGUGAGGGCAGCAACCUGACCCCAGCACAUCACUACCCAGAUUUCCGUCUGAAGACGUACGCGCCGCUGGCCUUCCGCUACUUCCGGGAGCUGUUUGGCAUCAAGCCAGACGACUAUCUGUACUCGAUGUGCAACGAGCCGCUGAUCGAGCUGUCCAACCCCGGGGCCAGCAGCUCCUGGUUCUACCUCACCAGCGACGACGAGUUCAUCAUCAAGACGGUGCAGCACAAGGAGGCCGAGUUCCUGCAGAAGCUGCUCCCUGGUUACUACAUGAAUCUGAACCAGAACCCGAGGACGCUGUUGCCCAAGUUCUACGGCCUGUACUGCAUCCAGUGCAGCGGCGUCACGGUCCGCGUGGUCGUGAUGAACAACGUGCUGCCGCGCGCCAUGAAGAUGCACUACAAGUACGACCUGAAGGGGUCCUCGCACAAGCGGCGCGCCACGCGCAAGGAGCGCAGCAAGUCCUCGCCCACGUUCAAGGACCUGGACUUCCAGGAGAUGCACAAGGGCCUGAACUUCGACCCGGACACCUACGGGGCCCUGAUGAAGACCCUGCAGAGGGACUGCCGGGUCCUGGAGAGCUUUAAGAUCAUGGACUACAGCCUCCUGCUGGGGAUCCACGUGUCGGACAGGAAGCCGCUGGUCAGGGAAAACCGCUAUGACAGCAGGAAGGGCCAGAAGGUCCUCUACUCCACGGCCCUCGAGUCCAUCCAGGGCAACGCCAAGGCCCCCGAGCCCGUCGACGACGACACGUUGGGGGGGAUUCCUGCCAAACACAAAGAGGAGAACCUGCUCCUCUUUUUAGGAAUCAUCGACAUCCUUCAGUCCUACAGGCUCAUCAAGAAGAUGGAACACUCCUGGAAAGCUCUCGUACACGACGGGGACACGGUGUCGGUCCACAGGCCCAGUUUCUACGCCGACCGGUUCCUGAAGUUCAUGGGCUCGACCGUCUUCAAGAAGAUUCACCCUUUGAGGGGAGCGUCUUCGCGGAGGAAGAGGACCUCCUUCCACGCCCUGAAGUCGGCCUCGCAGGAGGUUCUGUCCCCGCUGAAGGACGACAAGAUGGAGGAGAAGAAGGCCCAGAGCAUGGACCACCUGGACGGGAACUGUAAGCUCUACAGCUCCUCCAAGCAGCCGGACCUCCUCCCCAGAGUGUCUUUCGAGACCAAAGGAAACAACGAAGAUCAAGACAACAGCUCCAGUGAAGGUCGCCGAGCCUCCAGCUCCACCAUCGCUCUGGACGACGCUCUGCCGGCCGCGAGCAGCAGCAGCGUGUCGGACUCCGAGCUCGGCGUCUACCUGGUAUGAAACGUGAGGGGCCACCUGGACGUCUGACCUUUGACCUCUGCGGCCCUCAGUGUGGAGACCUCAGGACCUCUGGAGCAUCACCUUGUGCCUCUCUGACUCCUCUGUUAGUCACGCUGCCAAAUGAUUAGAAACUCCCUGAUGACAGAUAUACGGUCUGUGCUUCUGUGCGUGUACCAUGCCGCAGCCAUAUAUAUAUAUAUAUAUACAGGACUGUCUCAGAAAAUUAGAAUAUUGUGAUAAAGUUCUUUAUUUUCUGUAAUGCAAUUAAAAAAACAAAAAUGUCA